AUGAUUAAAUUUUUAAUAAAGCCAACCACUACAACAAGUAAAAUUUUAAAAUCAACAACAAAUAUUUUUUCAUUAAAUUUUAAUAAUAAAAGAAAUUAUUCAUGUUGUUCAAGUGAUAAUCAUAAUCAUAUUCAUAAUCAUAAUCAUAAUAAUAAUGAAAAUAAUAAUGAAAAUAAAAUUAGAGUUAGAUAUGCACCAAGUCCAACAGGAUAUUUACAUUUAGGUGGAUUAAGAACAGCAUUAUUUAAUUAUUUAUUUGCAAAAAAGAAUAAUGGUACAUUUAUUUUAAGAAUUGAAGAUACAGAUCGUACGAGAUUCGUUGAAGGAUCAGCAAAGAGUUUAGCAGGAUGUUUAGAAUGGGCAGGUAUACCAUAUGACGAAGGUCCAUCAAGACCAGGUGAAUGUGGACCAUAUGUGCAGUCUGAAAGAUUACCAAUUUAUAAAGAGUAUGCUGAGAAAUUGGUAAAGAGUGGUCAUGCAUAUCACUGCUUUUGCAGCAGUGAAAGAUUAUCAAUGUCACGUAUCAAUUUAAAGAAUCAACAUGCAAUGUCAUUAUACGAUCGUCAUUGUCUAAAAUUAUCAGAAGAUGAAAUUCAACGUAAGCUACAGUCUGGUGAAUCUCAUACAAUUAGAUUAAAAAUCCCACCUGGUAUAACCAAAUUCACAGAUCAUGUCAAAGGAACAGUUCAAUUUAAUAAUCAAUUAAUUGAUGAUCAAGUAUUAAUGAAAUCAGAUGGUUACCCAACCUAUCAUUUAGCAUCGGUGGUUGAUGAUCAUCUAAUGGGAAUUUCACACAUUAUUCGUGGUGAAGAAUGGUUAAAUUCAACACCAAAACAUAUCAUACUCUAUCAAGCAUUUGGUUGGAAACCACCACAAAUGGUUCACGUACCAUUAUUAUUAAAUUCUGAUAAAUCAAAAUUAUCAAAACGUCAAGGUGAUGUUUCAGUUGAUUCCUACAUCUCAAAAGGUUAUUUACCAGAAGCAUUAAUUAAUUUCGUUUCAUUUUUAGGUUGGUCACCAUCAACAUCAACAACAUCAUCAACAACAACAACAACAACAACAACAACUGAUCAAGAAACAAGUUCAAAAGAAAUAUUUACACUUAAAGAAUUGGUUGAAUCAUUUUCAUUAGAUGGUAUUAAUAAGAGUGGUAGUGUUGUUAAUAUGGAGCGUUUAGAUUGGUUAAAUGUUAAUCAUAUUAGAUUACAAAUUGAUGAUCCAUUAAAACAAAAUGAAAUUUUAUUAAAAAUUAAAAAUCAAUUAUUAGAAUAUUUUAAUAAUAAUAAUAAUAUAGAUUUUAAAAAAGAAAUUGAUACAGAAUAUUUAUUAAAAUCAAUUAACUGUGUUAAAGAAAGAGUUCAUUUAAUUGAAGAUUUUAAUAACUUAUUAAAACCAUUUUUUAUUGAUCAAAUCGAUUAUACAACUGAAGAAGCAAUUAAAAUGAAACAAAAAGUUUGGAAAGGUGAUGAUUCAAUUAGAAAUAUUGAAUUUGUAAUUAAAAGAUUACAAGAUCUUCAAGAUUUUACAAUGGCAAAUGUUUAUAAACAAUUACAAUUAACGUGUAGUCAAGAUAUUUAUAAAGAUCAACAAUUAACUGAAAAGGAAUUAACAACUAAAACAAAUCAAUUAAUGAGUAAUUUACGUUACAUUUUAUUAGGUUCACCUGUUGGUGGUGGUAUACCAUUAGCAAUUGAAACUUUUGGUAAAGAUAAAACUAUUAAAACUUUAUUAAAUGGUUUAAAUUUAAAUAAAUAA